AGAAGAGCACAAAAGCUCAACAACAACAACAUCAAACUCCAAUUCCUCACCACAGUCAAACCACAUAUCACAAAAUGCCCGACAGCAAAUCAAAACAACCGCCCACAGCGGCAACAAACCUCAUCGCUGGAGGCGGCGCCGGCAUGAUGGAAGCCCUCGCCUGCCACCCCCUAGACACAAUCAAGGUCCGCAUGCAACUCUCCCGGCGCGCCCGCAUCCCCGGCGCCCCCCGCCGCGGCUUCAUCCAAACCGGCCUCGAGGUCGUCAGGAAAGAAACCCCCCUGGCGCUGUACAAGGGCCUCGGCGCCGUCCUCACGGGCAUCGUCCCCAAGAUGGCCAUCCGCUUCACCUCGUUCGAGUGGUACAAGCAGCUCCUCGCCGACCGGACCACGGGCGCCGUCUCCGGCCAGGCCACCUUCCUCGCGGGCCUCGCCGCGGGCGUCACCGAGGCCGUCGCCGUCGUCACCCCGAUGGAGGUCAUCAAGAUCCGCCUGCAGGGGCAGUACCACUCCAUGGCCGACCCGCUCGACAUCCCCAAGUACCGCAACGCCGCGCAUGCGCUGUACACCGUCGUCAAGGAGGAGGGCGUCGGCGCGCUGUAUCGCGGCGUCAGCCUGACGGCGCUGAGGCAGGGGUCCAACCAGGCCGUCAACUUCACGGCGUACUCGUACUUUAAGAAGUGGCUCAAGGACUUCCAGCCCGAGUAUGCCGACGGGAACUUGCCCAGCUGGCAGACGACCAUCAUUGGCCUCGUCAGUGGUGCGAUGGGGCCGCUGAGCAAUGCCCCCAUCGACACGAUCAAGACGAGGCUGCAGAAGAUGCCGGCCGAGUAUGGGACCACGGCGUGGCAGAGGAUAACCACCAUUGCCAGCGACAUGUUCAAACAAGAAGGCUUCCACGCCUUCUACAAGGGCAUCACCCCCCGUAUCAUGCGCGUGGCGCCCGGCCAGGCCGUCACCUUCACCGUCUACGAGUACCUCAAGUCCCAGCUGGAAAACAGCAACCUGAAGUUUGUCGGCGGAAAAUAUGAGGAGUAAGAAAAAAUAAAAUAUGGCGGUCUUUCUUUAAGCUGUCCGUUGCAUUUAUGUUUGUUGCGCAUAUACCCUCUUCUUUGUUUCAUUUGUUCGGACGAAUGCGGCAUGACAGAGAGAUGGUUUCUGACUGUAGUCUAGUUCUAGAGCAGAGAUGAAACAGGGUCAGCCCUCGCAUGCUUAAGUCUGGAGUUGCGUGAACGGGACGAGUGACAAGGAUGAGGACGAGGAUGAGGAUGAGCAUGGUGGUGGUUAUGAUGAUGACGAUGAUCAGCGGCGGUUUAUAUGAAGCUCCUUAGGAUCGCAUUGGAUGGUGGCGUUGAAUUGUGUUCAGCUCAAAGCUAUAGUGGAUAUAUCUUGUAUCAGAAAAUAUGGACAGUGUCUACAAGAACUUCAGGCUAGAUCGUUGCAUGUCGUGUUGUCGUCAAAAUGAAAACUCGAGGGCUCCUCUCCUCUACCUGCCCGGGCGCUUGGGCCUG